AUGUACGGUCCCAAGCGGGAUGACAGUAAGCGCUGCAUCCGCAAUCCGGAUCUCUGGAAUUUUCUCGCAAGGCAUCGCGAAACCCUCGAGUACCUCGACAUCUUCCGCAAACAGACCGGUGGCAGCAGGGAGAUGGGUCGCCUCGGCCCCCUUACAGACUUUACCCGCCUCACUCACCUCUGCAUCCAGCCCGACGUGCUCUUCGGCGCUGGGGAUACAAUGGACCCAUCACUAUUACCACCCCUCAAGGAGACGCUCCCUAUCUCUGGCUCCAGCGCGCUCCAACACCUCACCAUUGAUUGCAUAUCAAGCAACAAGCUCCUAGGCGUCCUAGACAUCUACAGCGACCCGCAGGAAAACAUCCUCCUAAACAAGACGCUCCCUGCGCUUAAAGCCCUCCGGCUACACGACAUGGCGCACCUCGACGUCCUCGAGCCCGAGCCGGGAUGGGAACCGUUCCGGAGGGCUCUGGAGAAACCAGGCAUCACAGUUGGCUUUGACAGUGGCGACUGCCGGCACCCGGACCACUUGUUGAUGCCUGGGGGUAAGCUCCCUCGCGGGGGCACGUGUCCGGCGCUUUGGCGGGAGUCGUUUGAGAUGCAGGUGCGGGGAAGGCACGGUGGCAGGAGGUGA